GGCACAAGGGGGGUUUCCUGAGCUACACAGACCUCGUCCCACCCUAUUCUCUCACAGGCUGCAUAAAGAGAGAGCAGCUCUGAGUGAAAACAUCUUGGGGCAUCGCAGCAGCUUUGAAGUACAUUGACAGACAUGGGAUCUAACGAAUCCAGAGCAGUGUACAGACCAGAACCACCACCACCACCACCUUUACUUGAAACGCCAUGGAGGGAGCAGGAAUUUAGCACAAGGAUAAGGGAUGAACUUCUGAAAAACAUCAGAACCUACAAGACUGUGACAGAGUCAGUGGAAAAGCCCAGAAUCCUCCUGAUUGGGCAGAUUGGAGCUGGUAAAAGCAGCUUCUUCAAUUCGGUGAACAGCGUCUUCAGAGGUCAUGUGAUGCUGCAGGCCACUGCUGGGUAUGGAGCCACCAGUUUAAGCCAACAGUACAGAACAUAUCCAGUUCAUGAUGGAAAAGGUGGAAACUUGCUGCCAUACAUCCUGUGUGACACGAUGGGUCUAGAAGGCAGUGGCAUUGAUGAAGGGAUCCUUGUGGAAGACAUCUUCAGCGUCAUUAAAGGACACGUCCAUGACUCGUAUGAGUUCAAUAUCAGGGCACCGAUAACCAGAAAUGACAGGCGCUACCGAGUGGAGCCCAGCCUGGCUGAUAAGGUGCACUGCGUCGUCUACGUAGUUGAAGCAAACAAAAUCAGCCUCCUUGGUCAAAAUCUGCUGAAGAAGGUGAAGUCCAUCCGGGCCGAAGUGAACAAAAUGGGGAUUCUCCAGCUUGUGUUGGUCACUAAGAUUAAUGAAGCCUGCCCUGAAGUUAAAAAAGAUGUGACCAAAGUGUACAGGAGCCGCUACCUUUAUGAAAAGGUGACUCAGCUUGGACAGAUUCUGGGAAUUCCCGUCUCCUCCAUCUCCCUGGUUAAGAGCUACUCAACAGAGACAGAGCUCAACCUUCACAUGGACAUUUUGAUCCUGACGGCCCUGCAGCAGAUGCUGAGAGCUGCUGAUGCCUACUUUGAUGAUAUAAAUCACAAAGCCCUUGCUCAGAGUAGCAGUUUGUGAAGUUUUGUUAUUUUGCCAUGGUUUAAUAACUUGAGUGCAUUUCAAAACAAAAAAAACAUUUGACGACAUCUUAAUCCAUAACAGGGUUGGUCAAUGGGAACCCCUGUCCACAUGCACAUUGAGUUGCAUCCAUUAAUACAAGGAUGUGGAGUGAAUUGGAGAAACCCCAUCAGAGACCUGGGGCCUCAUAUAUAAACGAUGCGUACGCACAGAAAUGUUGCGUAAGAACGUUUCCAUGUUCAAAUCG